AUGGAUGACGGUCCUGACGAGCGAUAUCAUGUGGAACUGGGGACAUCCUCAAGCUUCGUUCUACAGGAAAUCGUAAUGGGAGGUAUGCUUAUUGUGUCUGUGUUGGAGGAAUCUUUAGACGACGAUACCAAUGAAAGAGAAAGACAACGCAUUCCGAAAGUUUCCGAAUAUGCUGAAGAAACCAUUCGGGAUAUGUCAUCGGAGACCUGUAAGUCACACUUCCGGCUGCUGCCAAGGACUAUUCAGCAAUUGUCCACGAUUCUGGGACCCUUAUUGGGGGAAGGCGAAGUUGGUUGUGGCCGUCCACAGGUGCCAGCACAGAAGCAGCUGCUUAUAACGGUGUGGUGCCUGGCCAAUAUGGAAUGCUUCAGGGGUGUUGGAGACCGACUUGGUGUUGCCAAGUCCACAGCAUAUGUAUUGCCAACUGUUGCCACAGCAUUUCACUGUGUACGAAGGGUUGGGGAGGCGCUGCUCAAGGUGGCAUCUCGGUUCGUUCUGUGGCCCAGUGAAAGCGAUGCGCUGUCCAUCAUAGAUGGCUUCCAGAGGAAGUUUAAGUUUCCUGGUGUUCUGGGGGCUGUUGACGGAUCACAUAUAGCAAUUACUGCACCAAAAGAACAUGCUGCUUCCUACAUCAAUAGGAAGGGUUUCUAUUCUGUUGUGCUACAGGCAGUGUGUGACCAUGAGAUGCGUUUCUUGCACUGCUCUGUUGGGGAAGCAGGGAGCAUGCAUGAUGCUCGUGUUGUUCGCCGAUCAGAAUUGCAUGAUAUGCUUGAUCAUGGUCACUUCCCAUUUAGUAGUCACUUAGUUGGGGAUGCUGCCUAUCCAAUUGGUCCAAAUUUGUUGACACCAUACAGAGAUAAUGGUCACUUGUCCACAGCACAGAAGUGUUUCAAUAAGCGACUUUGUCGGGCAAGGGUUACUAUCGAGAGGGCCUUUGGACUUUUGAAAAACCGGUACAGACGGCUCUUUCGUGUAGAAACCAGGCGGCCAGACAUUAUUGUCACCAUUAUGAUCACGGCAUGUGUUCUGCAUAAUGCUUGCCUGUUGUGGUGUGAUACGUUUGAGGACCCUAGUGCUGUCGGCACACAGGAUGAUCUGGGUACCAGCGAGCACACCAGUGCACACCAGACCAAGAGGCUUGGCAUGUAG